UUUCAAAAUUCGUCUGCUCCGAGAGCGCUUCAGCGGAAGAAGGAUGCAGUCAGCUGCUGAGAAAAAGGUAUGACUGCAAGUUUGCUUGACCCGGGAAAGUACGGACUUCGUUCUCUGAACAGUUCGUUGGGUCGCAGUCCAUCUGUGAACAUCGUCAUCCACAGGUCACAGGUCACUUACAGCUCCGCUGCUACAACAUGGCUUUUGGGGCAUUGUGCUGUCGAUAAUUGCUCUUUAUUUUGUGCCUGGUUUCUCCCUUAAAUAUGAAGUUGGUAAAGUCCACCAAUAUGCAUACUCCACAAGUACAUUGUUUGAUGAGGUCAACAAAGAAAAAAUGGCAGCAACCAUGAAAAAGGAUGUUGGAGUUCAGCUUUCUAUUACCUUUGAGCUCAUUCCACUAGUUACAGGAGAUGAACAGUUUCUCAAAGUACAGCUGACCUCUGCCAAGUACAACAGCAUGGCACGACCUAAUAAUGAAGUGGCAGUGCCUGAACUGCUGAAGUACCCAGCUUUCUUUGAAAUGACAGGAGACACCAUCAACAAAGUAUAUCUUGUAGAAGGUGACUCAAUCUUUGCCACCAAUAUCAAGAAGGGAAUUAUGGCACUAUUCCAGAUCAAGGAGGAGGCUGGAGAGAGAACAGAAAUUGAUGUCUCAGGAGAGUGUCGGGUAGCAUAUGACACACCCUCACCCAACAUGGUGGUUAAAACCAAAGCCUGUCAGAAUUUGGAGAUUGCAGGACAGUUUUAUAGUCCAAAUAAGGUGCUGGGUCUAACUGUGUGGAUGAAGGCAACUAUGAGCUAUGAAAUAGAAGAUAGCAUAAUACAGAGAGCCGGUGGUACCAGCCAUGUUGUGUCUUACAUCAACAGCCGAACCAGUUUGAAUGGAGGCCUUAUUAGCAGCCAGAAACUUAGCAUGGAAAAUAUCAGUGACAAAAAUAUGUUGAGCUCAUUAAGCAUUGAAGAGGCUGUGAGUAAAGCAGAAACAGAGAUUGGAAAAUCACUGGUAAUGUCUUUACUGCCUAGCGAUAAUGAGAUUACACAGUGUGACGAGGACUGCCAGUCUCCUAAAGAGCUGGCUGGAAAGCUUCAUGAUGAUCUGACUCAGCAAAAACUUGCAUCCUUGGAUUCAGCCAAAGCUUUUGUCAAGAUGCUACGAAGCUUCAGGAAUUCUGGAACAAAAGCCAUUUCUGAAGUUUUUUCCAGUCCUGAUAGCUACUACAUAGUCCCACAGUUGAUAGAUGUUGCUGCAGCUGCUCAGACUUCAUCAUCCCAGGAAGCUUUAAUGGGUCUUCUGUCUUUUGAAGAUGACUACGCUGUAGAUUAUCCUGAGAGAUAUUUGUUGGCUGCUGCUUACUCAACUCACCCGUCCGAAGCCCUGAUCAGAGAUCUGAUGGGAGUUCUUGGUAAACCGAUUCCAAGUGAAACCCUGAAAGAGUCUGUGUUGCUGGGUUUGGCAGCUGUCACUCAUACAUACUGCCAGAUUAGAGACCAGUGCUCACAUAAGGUAAUCAAAGAAGUGCAGCAGCUGCUAGUGUCAGGGCUCUGGAACUGUGGGCAGCAGACAUGUCAACAGAUGUAUCUGCGAGCACUGGGCAAUGCUGGUCUCUCAGACACAGUGCCGGUCAUUCUGCCUUUCACUGAGACACCUGCUGUGCCCAUGUUAUCAGUUACUGCAAUCAAUGCCCUUCGCAGGAUUCAUAGGCAGUAUAUCAACAAUGAGGUAAAGAAUGCUAUGUUAAGAAUCUUCCAUCAAACAACUGCCCAGUAUGACAGCACUGUAAGAUCUGCAGCAUUGGAGUUGAUUCUCAAAAACCAACCUUCUCCACAUGUGUUAAGAAAUAUUCUCUUGACUGCCCUGGACCAAACAAAUGCAGAAUUCUCAUCGUACAUUGUCAGAUGUGUUAUUGACACUGCCACUUUUGAUGUGUCACUCAGGGAAAGCUUACAUGCUGUUUUACAAGAUCCCUCCAUCAAUAAUUAUUAUAUCCUAUCCCAAAAAGGAAAAUCAAGUAUAUUCACCAGUUAUCUAGCAAAAACUGCAGAAAUCAAUGCAACAUACACAAUGUUCAUUGAGAAUACAAAUUCUGGUGUCAUGAAGAAAAGUGGCAUGGAUGUGUCUCUUCUAGGGAGGAAACUGAAAGAGCCAUUUAUGAAGUUUGGAAUUUAUGCAGAAGGCCUGGAAUCUCUUGUUGGGGAUACUGAAGAGUCUGAAGAAACAAAUGUUCCUGAAAAAGAAUCACCAGCUCCUGCUGAGCCUACGGCUGGCAUGACUUUUACCCUGAUGGAUGUGCUGCUGAGGCAAAUAGAGUUUUUUCGUGGUUCAGCGGGACUUAUGUCUGCAGUAUGGAAUGCUCCUUCUGAACUAACAUCAGCUUUGCAGGCUAAUUUGCUUCUUCAAGACCACUCCCAGCGUGUGCACCUGAGUAAUGGGCUGGUGGUUGAAGUGCAGGUGGUGGGUGUGCUAUCAGUAGAUCUCUCUGGCUAUGUCAGCAUCAGUUUGUGGAACAGAAACUGUGAGGCUCUUGUCAAAAACAGUGGCGCUCUUUAUAUAGAGGGAUCAAUGCGCAUUGACUCUUCACUGCUCAAAUCAGGACUUGUCUUCAAGGGAGAGGGUCAAAGUUCCAUUGACUUCCAAACUGAUGCUGAUUUUUAUGAAAUGCCUCUUAAACUCUGCAUGCAAAUGAUGAGACCAGAAUUUACCUUCAGACAAUCAUUCAGCCAGUAUGAGAAGCUUAAAGGUCUCAAGACAUUAAGGAGAAAAACUGCUAAAAUUAGUAAAGUGCCUUUUGAAUCUUUCUUCUUGAACAAAGCCAAUUCAGAGGAAUGCAAGCUUUUGAAAAAGGAAUAGGUGUGGAACAUUUUCCAGCAAGGUGCAGACAUGACAUGAGGUGAAGCCAUGGGUUGACAAGCAGCAUUUACCUGAUGUUGAUCUUUCAGUAUUAACAGGCUGAGUAGGAGCCAAAUAGAUUUUUUUUACUGUUUCCUGUACGUGCCAAGCUAUAAAAUGUUUACAGUUUACCUUUAUGCCAAACAAGUAUUCAAAACAAAUGGUUUAUCACGCUUUUCUGUUAAAAACAUCAACAACAUUAACAAAUGGGCAUAUGCAAUACAGAUGACAUUACUGCCACAGUUUGUAUUUUGUGGUGCUUUUGUGGUAUUGUUACAAAUAGUCUAUUUUACAGGCUGGUUCUAAUCAAAAUUUUAUUAUCUUGUUCAGAAAUUGUAAAUAUAGUGAAAAAAUAUUUCUUUUGUACUGAUAAUGAAAAUAAAUGUCAUUUUACUUUAGCAUCACUAGAAAAAUUGUGGUUUGACAUUUUACCUUCUGUUAUUUUUUUCUUGCAUUGUAUUAUUUCCCUCUACCAUUUUGGGACCAAAGAACGAAAUUUGUAUCGAGGGCAAUUUUUUCUUAACUGCAUUUAAAUCGCAUAGUUCUGAUGUUGAAAAUGAAAUAUUUUGAGGGUAUUUUUGUAUCAGUGUAAUCAGAACUGAAGUCAUUGGCCAGCUACAGGUAUGUGGGCGUUUUUUUCUCGAAAUUGCUUUUUAGGGGUUUUUUAAAAGUGGCUAUGCAUGAACUGUUACAAGUUUUAAUCCGUGAAAUUGCAUUGGAAUGUGAAGUGGCAGCUGCGAGACAGGAACUGCAUGUACACCAGGCAUUAGCUGUAUGACGGACAUGGUGAGCGUCAGAUGUGCGUCAGGCGUGGCGAGGCUGAGGUGGACAUCUGCUGCACGCCAGCUCUUUCUCCUCACAAAGUAGUUGUCCUUGUGUUGGGUCAGUCAUCAUGGAUCUCAUUGCAGAAUUGCAUCAGUUUGUGCGACAAAUCGAGUGAUCGCCUGACGGAGAAAAUAAUGAAAUACGCAGUUUCAUCCACACGUGUGUGCGUGCGUGUGUGUGUGAAGUCACCUGAGCUUUGUUGGACAAAUUGUACCUGACAGCUUUUCAAUCAAAUACUCUAACAUACAUUUGUAUGAUCCAUUUGUAAAGCAAGCAUUUCAUACCUUUUAUAUCUCCAAUAAAAAGCCUGACUGUG